UUAUUGGUAGAUAAUUCAGAAUAACUGCACAAUAUGAACUUCAUAUUCUAUAGCCAGCUAUAUGAGAAAUAUACAAACUUUUCGACAUCCCAAAAUCAGUCAAUUUUUGGUAAAAAUCUACGGAUAAUGGAUGGAUUUUGGAGGUGCCAAAACGUGUUCUUCCCCACAGUGUUUAAGUUUGCGCUUGACACAGAACUCUCCUUCUUUUCCCUUCAACACAGGAAAAAAGUCAUAUCGUCAAUAUUCACGUACAACUCAAGAUUCCUGGUGAUCAGAGCACUCACACCAAAGUUUCUCGUAGCUUCAGCUUGUGUCUAUGGAUCAUGAGCCAGCUUCGGCCUCUGAUCAGCGCGAGCAGCGAAUGCUUGCAGUUGCGAAGUUAAAACGCGCCGCAUCGUUGCCGAGAUUGAAAGAUGGCAGACGGCCUCCAAUGCACAACGAAGCCGUAAGUGAAGGAGAAAAAGGUCCUGUGGGGGAGGAGCAGCAGCCAGAUACGGACACACCGCCACCACAGCAGAAAGAGCAGCAACAUGAAGAACAAUCAGAAGCUCGGGCAGGGACAGAGUCGGAGAACGAAGUGGGACCCGAAACCCUGGUUGAAGGCGCCCCAGUCCCAACGCCCGCCACACGGACCAAACGUCGGUCAAGAUCCAGGUCACGCUCUAGAGGCUCUAGGGACAUGAAAGGAAAAGCUCGUGCUCCGACGCCUAGUCCUCUUAUUACUGGAGACUCUUCCCAAGAUGAAGCCUUUACUGCAUCACCUACCAUCACCCUUCCAGUUGUCCCUCAGCUCAUUUCUCCGGUCCCUUCUCAAUUUCAGCGCUCCCUGCUACUUCGGUCUCCUACUCCUACAUCACAGGAUCCGUCCCAAUUCCAGUAUCCCGGUACUUCGCCUCCCACCCCUCUGCCGUCCUUGGAAGCCUUGCAAAAAGGUUUAUUUCGCUCAAACAGCGCUGGGAGAAUGUUAGCUAUGCACAAACUGACUAAUGGUACAGAAAGUUACGAACCGUCACUGUCGCCUUCACCAGCUCUUAGCCCGGGGAAAUUCAAGCGCACCAAUACAGUUUCUGGUGGCGAGCGUAAUGCUGCGCGAAAAUUGCUGAUGGACACUCUGGGGAGUAGGUCCCGGGUGGCCAAGGAUACUGAUGGUAGUGGGAAUGACGAAAUCCAGGCACCUUCGCCGUCACCCAAUCCCAAGAGAAGACGGCGAAGAUCUCGGAGAGGCUCAUCAGGUGCCAACACGGGAAUUUCUGACUCUGAAUUCGCUUCGACUUCUCCAAAUACUCCUAUCGUUCCACCAACUCCUUUACCUCCGACUCCCCUGGAUCUUUUCAGAGCUCGUUCUGUUACUCCGAAUCAGCUACCUAGUCCUCGAGCUCUCAGUCCUGCGCUCUCUAAGGCAGAGUCUCCUCAGCCUCCGCUCAUCUUCAACGAAUCGCGCCGCAGGAGUGUCGUCGUUGAGGAAGAGGAUGAGGAAAUUUCUGCUCUUUCGCGCAGGCUUCCAUCUUCCCCUACACGGAAGCUUCCUUCACCGCCAACUCCGUUUAUCAGUCGAAUGCCUAAUACUCCGGAGUUGAACGACUACCCCACAACGUCUGGUGUUGGUGUUCCGGUGUACUUGAAUCACAGGGAUGAUAUAUUUCCAACUAGUCCGUUCAGCAGACCCUUAAAGGAAAAAACUUCUCAAGAUGACGACGAAGAGGAGAUCGUCUAUAACACAGACACAUCCAAGGAUUUAUACGCAUUCGACGCCAUCGAGCGUGAAAUCAGCUGGAUAGCUUCACCUGUACCCGAGAUACGAAGACCAAUAUACGAUAAUGACGACGACGAUGAGGACGACGGCGAUUACCCGGAUGAAGAUGAGGCUCCUUACGAUGAACGACCUCCUUCGACUCAUUCUAGAUCUUCCAACGAGGAAGUUUACGAGGAUAUAUCUCCGCGGGUCUCUUCUGAUUCACAAAAUGUACUCAUCGAAUCUGACUCAAUACCGGAUGUCACGCCUUUGUAUGCUCCCCAUUCACCGUCAUCUGUUGCCGCUCUCUCGCCCGCUUCUAUGCCGCGCGAGAGUGACGGAUCCUUGUCGCCGCAAUAUCACAACCGUCCAUCCCCUAGAUUACAAGGUGAGCUCUCUCCUAUGAGUGCAGAGUUUGGCGAUCUGGAUGAUCGACCUAUCGUCAAUGAUAAUUCAUCCAAGCGGAGUGGGGAUUCAACGUCAACGAGUGCCUGGGAGAAAGUAAAAAGUACCUUUACGCGUUCUAAUUCUGUUACUGGGAGAAGAUCUCGGAGUAACAGUAUUGUGACUCGAGAAAGACGUGACCAUACCGAUUCAAGCAUCAGCCGGGAGAGUGGUGCGAGUAUCAACAGCCCGAGAGGUGAUCCUAACGGCGGAUUUGCUUCUCAGCAAUCUCAGGCGCCUGUGCUGUCCCCAUCAACUUCCGCCCUAUCAUUAGCGCCUCAGUCAAUUUCUCGUGUCUCUCCAGUUCCGCCGCCUACAUCUGAUACCUAUGCGCGGUACCAGAACGCCAAACUUUUCCCAUUUCCAGGUAUUCACAAGUUGGAGGAAGAACGGAAUCGCGUGAAAGGUUUGACUCCAUCCGCGUCGACACCAGAUAUCAAUGCGCAAUUCCAUGCUUAUGAAGAUCCGACAUCUCCGUCGUAUCCUGGCCCUGCUGGGUCUAGUACCCAGUUUGACCAGAGCAAGGACCGCACAUUGAUGCAGCAGACGUCCGAAUCGAACAUCGCAAAGUACUUGCUGUCACCUCCGUUAUCAUCUGAUGCCUCUUCUUCCUCUACUUUUCCCGAGUACUUUGAUAUCACUCCUGCCUCUUCGACGCCAACUAACACCAAUUCGAUCAAACUUCCUAUGACUCUUCCGGCAGUGAAGCAGUGGAUGAGUAAAAACAAGAAGAUAUUUUCUUCCCCUUCACAGGUAUCCUCUGCUUCGUUACCUACUUCUCCCAAUGGCGAAUAUCGAAAUGGUCAACAAGGUUUCAAGAAGCCUUCACUCUCGGAUCUUUUACGGAUACGGAAGGAUACAGAGCUGGUAUCAGAUUGGGAAGAUCUAAAUAGUACUUCCACUGAGACUGGCACACUGGCCGACCGACCUCCUCCUGUGUCAAGUGAGCGUAGUCUAUCUGGAGAGCAGGUACCUGCUGCUACUCCACCCAGGGCAUCUCCUGUUGGUACUAGCGAACACGACGUUGAGAAGACACCUAAAGCCCAGCGAACUAUCACCUCUCCUACGUCCAAUGUUGAACGCCCCAAACUAUCUUCCUCUGCGCAAUCCUCUGCGCUCCCAUCUCCCCCUGAUCCUCUCUCGUCCACCACUCCUGAUCCUUCAUCGUCCCUCAGCGAUUAUCCUGCACCAUCCACGUCCACGUCUUCAUCGAGUCUUUCUUCCAACUAUUCCGUUGCUGCCCCACCCGGAGCUCAAGGUUCCAUAGUCCUUGAACGGUUAGAGGAAAAUCUAGCUAGAGGACCCCGCAGCCCCAUGUGGGCCUCCGUUCUAGAAAGCCCUCCCCGGAAAUUGAUCCUCUCUUCUCCGGUGUUACAAGUUGUCAACGCAAACACUGUUAAGGAUCGUUUCCUUUUUCUCUUCAGCGAUAUCCUUGUCAUAGCAAAGCCAGUCGCAGAGGGCGAAAAUGAGGGUAUGGACCUUCCCACUCCGGAAAGAAAGUUCACCGUGAAGAGCGUUGUAUCAUUGCAGAACCUGCGCUUCAGCGCUGAUCGCGCUGAUCCAGUGAACAGGAAUUCUACCUUUGGUUUGCCAAAUCGCAAUCCUCUUCUUCGGUCUUUCGUUCACCAAUUCAGCAAAGACCCCGAUCAUGCGAUCUCCACGUUCUUCGCAAAGUCUGGUUUAUCAGAUGAUCCAGUCUUUCUAGGUCAGUUGCUUUUUCGUACGACAGAGCUGGAUCGGGCGACCCUUGGGAGAUAUCUUUCCCAGAGGACGUCCAAAGUAGUUUUGAAGAGUUACGUCGACAGUUUCGGGUUUGUCUCAUCCCAAGUAAAUAUGGCGCUCCGUGCAUUUUUGAUGUCAUUGCAUGUUCCCUCCCAUCCAGUCAAUCAUCACAGUGCCCUCGAGUACUUGUUGGAUGCAUUCGCCAGUCGAUGGUACGAGGCCAAUGCAAGGUUCGUCGAUUAUGACAAGGAUCUUGCUAUUCGCCUGGUUCGUGCUAUCAUCCAGCUGAACGACCUUCUACACGGAGGCAUCUCUGACACAGCUGGCCUUGGUGGAUUUCCUCGACAGAAUAUAUCCUCCAAUGACUUUGUCAAUGCAUUUAGGAGGUAUGAUCCCCGCUCUCUGGUAGCUGAUUCGCUGCUUGAGAAUAUCUAUCAAUCUAUCUGGGAAGAACGACUUUCACAAGCAAAAGCUCCCGGUGACAAUGCUGAUAUACUCAUCACCAUCAAACGGCCUCUUCCAACCCGCAUCACCUACAAAGUUCAGUCCGACCCCAUCAUUAUCCGCAUACCGCAAACCGAUCCUCAAUUGUCAAUCCACCUAUUUGGACAAGGCCUUACCUUCGAGCCAUCUGUUCUAACGUUUAGCCGGUCCUCAGAGGCUUCUUUUCGUGUGACGGGUAAUUCUUUGGGAUCUAAAACAGUCAUAAUUUGUCGUUCCGGACCCAACGCAUUGAAGUACUCUGGUCUUCCCCUAGGCCAUAAUGUCAAUAUUGAGCGUGCAUUCAUGCGCAAUACUUUCCAGGUUGCCUUCUUCAAUCACUGCGGUGCAAAGCGGAGGUACAUGUUCAGUGUUGAUGAUCCUUUAAUUCGGCACCAAUGGACCGUCUCGUUGAAGAAGCAUGUUGGCGAAACGACAACAUCCUCUGUCACUUCCAUGUCUUCUUCAUCCUCGCCUUCAUCCCGCUUCUACCGCGCUGCUGAACUUGUUGCAUUCAAAAUUUUGCAGGAAGCUUUAAUCGGAAAGAAUGCUCUUCGAGGUACCAACUCUUCUGAGUUCGAUGACAGUGUAUUGCAGUCCCCCUCUCCUUCCGGCGUUCGUGGUCUUCGUCUGGGCCCCUCCCACGUUCGAUCCAAAUCUCGCAGCCAAGUGUAUCUCCAUACCAAAGCUGGAAAGAAUGAGCUUGACAUUAGCAAUGCCAAUGGGGACCUCAACAGAGGAUUUUUUGAUGGUCAUGAGUCUCCCUUGCCAAACAAUGCGCAGCCCGUCACGCCUGUUUGGACUGGUCGUGACUUGGAGAUUCACUGUCUUCAGAACAGCUCUAUAACUCUAGUGCUAUCGUAUCUGCAAGUGGGUGCACCAGAGCAUGUAUCAGGCUCUUUCUCAUAGCCUCACAGUUGCACCCUUCGCUGUGUUGGGUGUCCUCUUUCAUGGUUUCCUAAGCUGUACUUCUUUAUUUUACACUAUGUCUUGCUUUCAAUGCAAUUUCAGUCACUCGUACCGUACGUUGUAUGCUUGGACUUUCACAUUGUUUUCCUUCCAUCCUUUUUGUGAUGCUCAACAAUCCCUAACUAUAAUAUCUAUUCCACCUCGCUUGGUUGUUCGGCUAACUAUGGUCCACGGAACUUCGCUCUUUGACCGGUUAUCUAUCGCAAUACUCAAUAUCAAUGUAUCUAAUCAGCUCAUCUAAACGUUCUGUAAAUUGCCACUGAAAUCUAAACUCGUUGCUUUAUUU